GUCCUUUCGGCGGAUUUCCUUUCCCUGUUGGAUGUUUGCCCUUGAAUCGUCCGAUGGUGAUCGAUCGUUUAUUUCUCGAGCAAAAUUUUUUUGUUUUUCCGUUAGCGGCGAUUCGAGAAUUGAUUAGAGAUGGGGCUAAUGAGCUGCUAAGUUUGAAGGUUUUUGUCAAUUCCUGGCUAGUUUUUGGUGACCUUUUGUCUUAUCUGGUCUUUCAAGUUUGUACCUUGGCCUGCCUAGGAAGGAAUUUGCCCUUGCCAUGCUGGGUCGAUAUCGGAGAAUUGUGCGGCAGUGAGUUCUCAAUCCUUGGCCCCUGCACGUACAUUUGCUUCUGUUGGCGUGAUUCUUACCCGCGCGCAGGGGGGUCGUUUUCGUAUUUGUAGCACUGAGCAUAUGGGAGUUUCUCUCUUGCGAACUCUCUGCAAAACAAAUUAUUUGUUGCCGUCAGUGGUAGAAAGACCGAAUGGUCUGCAAGAGGAUCACUCGGGGCAUCUCUUGAUAUAUUGAAGGCCCCAUAUCUUCUUCGUGUGUAUGUAGAAGAAGAUGGUAGCAAAACGAGUCCUCUUAUUCUUCAUCUUUUCCUUGGUGGCAUUUGAUUGCAUUGCGGCACAAUCUGAAAAUGACAUUACACGUCUGAGAGCUGCCCCUCACAAGAAUGUGGCAAGUAAUGUCAUAGAUGGUACUGGCGAGGAGAAGGUCCUAAGUUUUGAUGGUGCAGGUAACAUACUGGGCGGGAGGAAGAAUGCCGACAGUAAGGUCUCAGUCUCUACUGUUGCUUUAUUUACCCUGGCAAUGGCUGCUGCGACUGGUCUUGGUGCUGUUCCAUUCUUCUUUGUGGAGCUUGAUCAACAAUGGGCUGGAUUAUGCAAUGGAAUGGCAGCUGGUGUAAUGCUGGCUGCAAGUUUUGACCUUGUACAGGAAGGGCAGGAGUAUGGUGCCGGAAAUUGGGUUGUUUUUGGGAUUUUAUCGGGGGGCAUUUUUAUCUGGCUCUGUAAGAAGUUUUUGGAACAAUAUGGAGAAGUCAGUAUGUUAGACAUAAAGGGCGCGGAUGCUACUAAAGUAGUUCUUGUUGUUGGGAUUAUGACUCUUCAUUCAUUCGGGGAAGGCUCUGGAGUUGGAGUUUCGUUUGCUGGUUCUAAAGGAUUUUCCCAAGGUCUACUAGUGACUUUGGCCAUAGCAGUUCAUAACAUACCGGAGGGAUUAGCUGUCAGCAUGGUACUGGCAUCAAGGGGCGUUUCUCCACAAAAUGCUAUGUUAUGGAGUGUAAUUACAUCCCUACCUCAGCCAAUUGUAGCAGUCCCUUCUUUCAUCUGUGCUGAUGCAUUUAGCAAGUUUCUGCCCUUCUGUACGGGCUUUGCUGCAGGAUGUAUGAUUUGGAUGGUUGUUGCAGAAGUCCUUCCUGAUGCGUUCAAGGAAGCUUCUCCAUCUGAGGUUGCAUCAGCAGCUACGCUUUCUGUGGCAUUCAUGGAAGCUCUCAGCACCCUUUUCCAGAACUUCAGCCAUGACUACAGCUCGGAGGAUGCUUCUGGCUUCUUCGUCUCUUUACUAUUUGGUCUUGGGCCACUGCUGGGUGGCAUGGUUCUUGUAGCAUUUGCCCUUGCCUUCCGUCUGCAGCAUGCCCUCCUCAUGGGUGCCGCCUCUGGAAUUGCGUUUGUCCUCGGUGCUUGGCGUCCAUUGCAACUACUGCUCUCCUCGAAGAUGGGAUUCUUUCCUCUGAUUUCGCUUAUCGCUGCUGGAUCAGCAUUCGUCCAUGCCGUAUCAUCUAGCAUCUUGAAUAUUGCAGGACGCAAGAAAACUUCAGUGAACAGUUUGCCAUCAGUUACUGGCUUUCCAUUGAGCAUAUUCACCCUCCAGUCAUUUUUAGCAUGUGGAGCAGUUGCUUUGCAUGCUUUAGCUGAGGGGCUUGCCCUAGGAGUUGCAGCACCUAAAGCGUACGGGCUGGGCCGGCAUAUGGUCCUUCCAGUCUCUCUGCACGGGCUUCCAAGGGGUGCGGCUGUCGCUUGCUGUAUCUUUGGAGCUACUGACAGUUGGCACGGGUCCCUCGCAGCUGCUGCACUUAUCGGGUUUAUGGGUCCGACUUCUGCUAUUGGGGCCAUCCUCGCAGGAAUUGAUUACAGUGGUCUUGACCACGUGAUGGUAUUUGCUUGCGGGGGAUUACUCCCAAGCUUUGCUCGUAUAGUAAAAAGAGCAACGAGAUUGGAUGCAAGCAAAAGCAGUUGUGGUUUGUUAAUGGGAGUUGGUUUUGCCACCAUUUGCUUAACAUGCACCAAGUUGGUGUGCUUGCACACACCUUACUGCAAUUCGGCCCCGGAGGCUGUCAGAUAAUUUGGCAAUGCUCCAUAUCUUGCUGCAAACUUGUUAGGAGCGAACAGAAAUCAAUACUUUUGGCUCAUCUGUUUGGCGACUCUACUGGAUUUAACUCAAAGAAGAAGCUAACGUCGUCAAGAAGUGCUUGGAGGACACGGUACAUGUAAAGAUUUAAUGCAUAUCAGUUAUUGAACUCAGAUUUUUCACCUGAUGUAGAUUAUGCAAAGGAUGUACCGAUCCGAGGAGGGGGCUGUUGCCUCUUGUAUUAGAGAAAGCAAUUCUAAUUCAUAAAGUGCGUCCAUGAAUGGCCGGGCUAUCGACUAGUUAUUGGAUUUUGAAUGAGCAGGAUGAUGGGUUACAGAUA